AUGAAUGCCCCUCCAGCGCUCGGGUACCCGCCCGGCGUCUCGCUGUCACAGACAGACCAAGUCUCACCGACAGCUGCCAAUUUUGGCUCCAACAAUCCCUUUCGAAACCGCGCUCUGUCUCCGUCUGCCGGCUCUACCAGUUCGCGCCCGGAGCGUCCUAGAUCGACGAACCCAUUUCUUGACGACACUGAAGCGCUCUCACCGCAAUCAGCCCCUGGCAUUUCGAGCGGACCCAGCAUGUUCUCACCGACCGAGAAGCCGGACGCCACUAACAAUACCCGCGACCUCUUCGAAAACCUUUCACUAGGCUCCAAGCCCACUACUCCCGCCACACGAGGCAUUCGACCUCCCACCGAUAGCGCUUCUCGCGAUGCCCGCGGGCCGUCUAGCCGCCCGCGUCCUCCGAGAGAGCGUCCGUCAGGGCGCCCCGCAGAAUCGCGACCAAAGGACCCGAAGGAUCCAUUCGAUAUUUUCGCCGAUCCUCCUCCCCUAUCCAAGGCUGCUACUUCGGGCCCCCCCCUAAAAGCAGCUCCCGCAGACGACGCCGCAAUUCCGAGUCCUCGGGAACGCCGCCAUCGUGAACGUGAACGUCAGCGUGAUGGCAAGUCCCGCUCGUCUCGCAAGGACCGCCGAUUGGACAUCAUCGAUAAGCUGGAUGUGACUAGUAUUUACGGAACCGGCAUGUUCCACCAUGACGGUCCUUUUGAUGCCUGCAACCCCCACCGCAACCGAAAAGGCUCCCGUGUCGCGCCCAUGCAAGCAUUCCCAAAGAACUCUACGAAUAUGGCUCUGGGCGGCUCGGGCCCAAAUAACUCCAACAUCGACCUGAACCUCUUCCACGGUAGAAUGGAAGAAGGCUACAACGAUUUCUCAACCUCGGCCGCGCAACGCACCGGCACAGAGACCGUCAGCUUCGACCCCAGAUCCCUCGUGGACCCCAUCCACGGAUCCGAAACCGCUGGUCUCGGCACAAGCACAUUCCUAGACGGUGCGCCCGCAAGCCGCUCAGCAAUGGCCCGCCGCCAGAGCGAGAACGACCAAGGCCUCGCACCUUCCGGCGGUCUCGCACGGAAGAAGAGUCUCGCCCAGCGGUUACGGGGGAAGAGCGGUACUGGUCGAAUGAUGUCCCCCACAGAGCCAAGCUUCCCUGCGCCUGCGCCAGCGGCGCCCGUGGGCUCGAGCCAAUCUCCUUCGUCCCGCAACAACGAGCCGGACCCUUACUUCCAGGAUUACGACGAGGAAUAUGACAAGAAGGCGGCGCGUAUUCAGGAGUCGCGCCUGGAAGGUGGAGGUGGUCGUCUUCGCUCUUCCAGUAGCCCUAAGCAAGCGACUGGCUUGGAGCGCAAAUCUACCAACGAUCGUGCUUCGGACGAGAACAAGCUCAACGCGGGCGGUGGCGGGUUUCUCAACCGGAUGAAGAGCUUGCGCAAGCCGCGAGUUGAGCGUCGUACCAGUGACUAA